UGUUCGAGACAUUUCUACGUGCGCGUCCCCGUAGGGAUCUUGUGAUCUCUGCGUCAGCUGUCAAGUGAUGCUCGUUCCUGCGUUUCAAUAGCAAGCCGGUGAGUUAUUUACAAACUGGGAGGACCUGAGAUUCCACCGACAGGAAGAAGAGAGGGACCAUGGUCACUACAGCUUUGCAUACCAAGCUCCUGUAAAGCUCGUCUCUGUUCAUCUUCUGACUUGGGAAGAGUCUGGACACUGGCAUUUCAGAUGAAAAGGCCCAAGAAGGACAGGGUUUCCUGGUUUCAUUGUAAUUCCUUAGCUAGCCUGCGGUUAACGAGUGCAGUCUCAACUCUAAACAAGAUCCAGUAGCUAGGUAGCUAGCGGCUAACUACUCGUUCCGUUGACAGGAGAUUGGAAACUAGUUUGAAUUCGGGUUCCGUACUACUGCUAACCAAGCUCGACAAUUCGUAAUUAUUAUUUUCAGAAUUGAGCAAGAAUCCGUUUCACGGUCGCCGUAACCGAGAAGCAUAGUUCCAUUUUUUUUUCUCGAAUAGUUAUGAAUAGUUUUAAUAUUCCAAACAAGACGUCCUCCUCGUUAAGCUCUGCCUUGAGCGCCGAUAAUAGAGUUAGAUUAGCCGAUGUAAACUGCAACCAUAACGACGAAUGGGAUGAUGAUGUGUAUAUGUGUUUUUAUGACAAGACAAUGGGUGAAGCGACACAAUCUUCAAUGCCCUCUGUCCAAUCGGGGCUGGAUGGACACCUGCCCCGUCCACACGGUCGGCCUCUCUCCACUCCGGGUGGUUUGUUAGGCCUCAGUAGUGCUUUCCCUGCAGAAUUCCCUAGUCGGGGUUCAGCUUCGUCUUAUUUUCAUACGAAUUCGUUGGAUUACAAUGACACUGACGUCGCAAACGAGGGUCCAAUGUAUGGGAGUCGAAAAAGGACCCGGUCCAACAGUUCAAGACAGCGCUAUAAUGAGGUAGUGGAUGAACUUGGACCCGAGGAAGUGAGGUGGUUUUAUAAAGAAGACAAGAAAACGUGGAAACCUUUCGUCGGACACGACUCGCUCAAAAUAGAACUUUCGUUUCGUAAAUCCUGCGAGCUGAACACUGUUAACUCAAAACACAACGGAAACGAGAACUGUCCGUCGAGUGGAGGUGAGGGAGCGCAGCCGAAUGGUUUGGAAGGAAUGGGCUUGAGUGGGCCGGUUUAUGUUGAUAAUAGACCCAGCAGUGUGCAGGUGGACCGGGGAUUGCUCGAUUCACCUGCCGGGUCCUCAGACGCGAGGGACCCUGACGACAUCAAGUGUCAAGUUGAACAUGUGUGUGUCCGGGGAGGGCUGUACGAGGUGGACGCCAAAGAACGAGAAUGUUAUCCUGUUUACUGGAAUCAGCAGGACCGCAUCCCUGUGAUGCGGGCCCAGUGGUUCAUCGACGGUACCUGGCUCCCGUUGGAGGAGGAGGAGAGUGACCUUAUCGAGCAGGAGCACCUGACUCGUUUCCGAGGUCAACAAAUGCAGGACAACUUUGAGUCAGACGUAGUGGCAAGGACCGUCGACAGCAAAGAUGGACUUAUGAUUGGACCUUGGCCCGAUGUCAGUGUUGCACUCACCCUUCUCAGUGCUCCUUGGCUGAGCGGCACACCUAAAGGGGAUUCCGUCCACAGUUUGAAGCUGAGUCGCACCCACGUGGACUGGCACAGCGUGGAUGAGGUCUACCUCUACAGUGAUGCCACCACCUCCAAAAUUGCACGCUCUGUUACACAGAAGCUGGGCUUCUCCAAAGCCUCUAGCAGUGGGACGCGGCUGCAUCGCGGCUACGUGGAGGAGGCCUCCCUUGAAGACCGGCCGCCCCAGACCACUCACGUGGUCUUUGUUGUCCACGGCAUCGGGCAGAAGAUGGACCAGGGCCGCAUCAUCAAGAACACUGGAAUGCUGAGAGAGGCGGUAAGGAAGAUGGAGGAGAAACAUUUCUCAGAGAACCACGGAGAGCAUGUGGAGUUCCUUCCUGUGGAGUGGCGCUCUAAACUGGCACUGGAUGGCGAUACCGUGGACUCGAUCACACCAGAUAAAGUGAGAGGGCUCAGAGACCUCCUCAACAGCAGCGCUAUGGACAUCAUGUACUACACCAGCCCACUGUACCGAGAUGAGAUCACCAAGGGCCUCACCCACGAGCUGAACAGACUCUACUCGCUCUUCUGCUCGCGGAACCCCGAGUUUGUGGAGAAGGGCGGCAAGGUGUCCAUGGUGUCCCACUCGCUGGGCUGCGUCAUCGCCUUCGACAUCAUGACGGGCUGGGACCCCGUGCGCUUCUGCCUGCAGGAGCACCAGGCCAUGGAGGAGGAGCUGGCCCUGCGCUGGCUCUCCUACGAGGAGAAGGACCUGAUGGAGCAGCUGCAGAGCACCAGGACCAGGUUACGAGAACUGGAAGGUCGGCUUGGAGGCCUGGAAGCCUCAAAACCAUCAGCAGCUCCAGCGCUCAAAUUUAAGGUGGAGAACUUCUUCUGCAUGGGCUCUCCGCUGGCCGUGUUCCUGGCCCUCAGGGGCAUCCGGCCCGGCUCCAGCGUCCAGCAGGACCACAUCCUGCCCACCUCCAUCUGCCGCCGGCUCUUCAACGUCUUCCACCCCACCGACCCCGUGGCCUACAGACUGGAGCCUCUGAUCCUCAAACAUUACAGCAACAUUGCACCCGUUCAAAUUCAUUGGUGCAGCGCCAAUCCCACGCCCUACGACGAGAUCCGGCCGACGUUCCUCACACCGGUGAAAGACCCCACGUCGGACAGUGAGAGCCUUCCAAGCCCCAGCACCUCCCCCGUCCUCAUCCGCAGGCACUACGGGGAGUCCAUCACCAACCUGGGCAAGGCAGGCAUCCUGGGUGCGGCCAGCAUAGGCAAGGGCAUCGGGGGCAUCCUCUUCUCUCGGUUCUCUCGCUCCAGCAGCCAGCCCUCUGUAUCUUUGGGAUUGGAGGAAGGGGCAGCCACCGCAGAAGGGGAGGAGCCAAAGAAAGCCGACAGCCAAUCGGCGUACAGCCUCUCCACGAUGGCCCAGUCUGGCCCCGCCGUCGCCGACACAUCACUGGAGCUGGAACGCCGUAUUGACUUUGAGCUACCUGAGGGCCUGGUGGAGAGUCGCUAUUGGUCAGCGGUGACCUCACACACGGGCUACUGGAUCUCCCACGAUGUGGCUCUCUUCCUGUUGACCUUCAUAUACAAGCAGAAAGAUACGCCAGCUGCAGCCGCCGCCAAAGACGACUUGGAGCAAGACUAACACACACACACGCGUGCAUGCACACAGACAGACCUACACACACAAACCCACAGGAUUUCUCCGACCCGUUUGUCUCUUUUCCUUCCUGUUCCUUGUCUUAACAUAUGUGUUCCUUAACCGGAGCUGGUUCAGAACGUCACUCAAACACACACACCAACCGUUGUUUGCUCUAUAUUUAAUAGCUACAGCAUCGCUCUCACCCCAAGGGUGACACCAUUGAACUGAGAACCCCUAAGGAGGUGAAUCUUGUGCCACUAUGACCAGUAGCCCCCCUGUGUCCUGUAUAGAGAACAUGGCAUAUACAUAAUAGGAGCUUGGUAAGGUUGGUCCCACCACCUUAAAGUUUCUGUGUCCGUCUGUCUGUCUGUCUCUGUCUCACUUUCUCUCCAUCGGUCAUCUCCUUGAAGAAAAAGACUGGUCGUGUUUUUACUUUCCAUAAAGCGCACAAUGGCAGCAUUUCUUAUUGUCAAACAUUGAUAUUGUUUGACCGCAUUUCAUAGAACAAUUCUACUGUCUGUGUAAAGAAGUAAUAUAUUUCACUUUUACAGGAAGUCUGCCAUAAAUGUCACAUUUUAUGUAUCUUAUUUCUGAAGCAACAUCGUUGGCCUUGCUCUUAGGUUUUGAAGCAUUGAAUGCAGAAUAGCAAACCCACAAGUACAACACAUAAUAUUUUUUUUAAGCACCAUUGACUUGACGGACCAUUGACUUGACUUGCAAUGUUUCAUUCUGUAUUUCAAUUGUUUCUUUGUUGUCGAUGUCGACAAGAGAAAGUAGUACAUCUUGAAGUACAACCUUACCAUUAAUCUCCUUUUGAAAUGGAGAUCGUUAUGACAAAUGAAUGAGUCCCUUUUAUUGUGGUCAUUUUUUAUUAUGACUAACAGGCCUUACUGUGGCUUUAACAACUGCACACACACAAAAACUCUAAAGCGAUGGAGACUCCUUGAUUAGGGUUGCACAUUUAUUUUUGUUUAAGAUUAAAUAUUUAAGAGAAUAUGUAUGAAUCAAAUGUAAAUGUCAGUUAUUCAAAGUUCAAAUAGCUCUUGGUGAGCUAUUAAACUAGGAAAAUCAUUAUCUUUUCAGUUAUUGGAAAAGGCAUUUAUUAUGUAGAGCUUGAGUCUAGAGUAUUUAUUGAUGAGAAUAAGAUCACCAGGAGACCUUUUCUGCAAACGUGUGUUUACAGUUACCGGUAUAUGAUUGACAUGAGACCUCUGGAAAAACAUGUAUUUUUUCUAAAUAGGAAGUUAUUUUUUAAAUCAACAUUUUAAUCGGCUGUGAAUAUUAACCUCUAUGUUACAAAAAAUGGUUUGCAUGUACGCAUAGCAGGUUUUUAUUUUUAGUAACAUGCAAAUAUUUUGACUGCUGCUUCAUGAAAAUACAAUCGUAACACUUGACUUUUAACAUUGGGCAUGAUUUGAAGCUGUGCUACUCUGACCCCAUUCUCAUAGACUCGUAUGGGACCCAACCUUGAACUGUCAGCAUUCCCUACAUCAUAAAAGAUAACCAUUACUUCAGAAUAACAAAAUUAGAAAGCCUUAACAGACAAAUCCAUGUGCAAUUUCAGACAGUUUGAUAACUGUCUGAAACAGGGAGUUCUAUAAAGCUUGCCUUAAGAUUGACGAGGGAAUAAUCCAAACUAUUUCCAUGCACCUCCAAUGUAAUGCUUUAUAAGGGUAUAGAAAUGUGUUGGAUCUGUAAUGGGCUUACCUCACAUUAUUCUCUGAUGGGGUCUAUGAGGUAAAACUUUGUGUUUACUGGAAUUUAUUCAGCUUCAGUAUGAAGUUGCCUUCAUGUCCCUAUCUCUCGAUUGUCAUAGUCCUGACCUGAUGGUGGCAUAAGCUACUGUGUGGAGGACCGUGGACCGGUCCUCCACUAUAAUACGUUCUCUUCAGCCGUGAAGCACUCAAAAAGUGUCGGAUAGUAGAUGCAUGCAUGCCUGUGUGUGUAUUUAUGUAUGAAAAUAAUUAAUCUAAGGACCUGUUGUGUCUACGCUAAUCUAGAUCAGACUCGUCUUGUCAUUGAUGCGUUUUGUGAAAAACGCAUCGGAUGUGAUCCGAAUAUGUUUGCAUCAACUGGACAAAACCCAUUACCUACUUAAGGAGUCUGAAUAAUUGCUUUAGUGGGCCUAAUGGUAGAUGGGGUGUCUUUUUCACUUGCUCUUUUACUCGUAUGUGGAACAAAGCACUGACAGAGGGCCAAUGAUUUUAAUAACCUGCAUUCGUAGAUUGGAGACAAUUUCCCCUUUAUUCCUUCACAGAAGCAGUCCUUUUUGCUCAAUACUCCACCAUCCUUAAGUUUUUCUAGUGAAAACGCAUGGAUAAAUAACUCCCCUGUCAACUUCUGCAUGUUAAAGUUGCCGAGCUGAAUACCACAAGCCCAACUCAACAGCUUUUACUAAAUUAUCUGUUAUAUUUUUAUAAAGCACCACCAAAUGUAUCCGGCUUUUUGAUAUGCCAUUCGGUCAUGUCGUGACAUUCUGCCAACUAGAACAUUCUGAGGAUUUAUGUAGGAAGAUUCUGCUAAUUUUAUUUUUGCUGAAAGGGCAUCUCAUUGCAUUGAAGAAGGGUUCUUUGUUUUGCUGUUUGUCUUAUUUCCUACAUCGUUUGGCAUCGGUUGUACCGAUGUAGCUGUCUGUAGUUCCCCAGGACAGCUGCAUUAUGAGGCUAUAGAACAAGGAAUUUUAUCAGUUUAUUGUUGAAUAUAAAUAUGACUGAUUAUUUGAAAGGAUGAGACCCCCCCCCAACCCCACUGCCCAGAGCUGUGCACUAACCAAUGCCUGUUUUAUUUUAAACUGCCAUCAGAAGCAUUGUAUUUAUUUCUUUUAUUAAACUUUUUUUUUCCAUAUCAUGUCUACGUGUUACCUUCUUUCUAUUUGAUCAGUAAUGACCUAGUUUUCAUUCAUGGGUUUUUGUGUAACUUCUACAGCGAUAAGUUUGUCUGGGACCAGACAUUCUGGGAUGGAAAUCUAAGACAAAAGGGGACGAUUCCUGGUUUCCCUGUUGGACAAUAGACAAUAGGGCUUUUAUUUAAUCUGAAAGGGUUGCAUUCUUCCCAGUGCACUCCUCUCCAUUG